AUGCGGUGUAAUAUUACAAGGCUCGCUGUAGCCAUUUCACUCCUUCUGACUGCUCAGUCCGCCCAGGCUGGCCCUAUGUGGACUGGUAAAAUGUUCGCUCCAGCUCACACCACCUCAUCAUCAGUUACUGGACCUAACUCAAACAAUAGAGAAAAACGACAACCCGUGGCUUUCCUUGACGUUCGAAUGGAAAACUCUCAAGCCCCUACUGCGGCUCAUGACGGAUACGGUUCUGGCAGCGGAGAUCAGACUACCCCACGCCCUGUAUUCGAGACGCUUAACUCUACACCUGAGCCGAACCCGCUACUCUCAGAUAGCCAGGAAGACGAUAAGAGAAAGAACCCUUACUCUGAGCCAGUUGAACCCGUCGAGGUUAUCCCUAUCCAGCCAACGAGCCAGGCUCCCAAGCCUACGAGCGAAGCACCUCAGGAGCCGACUCAAGAGCCCGUGGAAAAGCCAACCUUUACACAGAACCCUUCUGAGCCGAUUGUCACCACCUCUAUCGGGCCUAAGGAUCCCACUUCUGUAGCUGAGAAGCCGACCUCGGUGGUUGAUAAGCCCCAGUACGAUGCUCCCAUGGAUACUGGCAUUGUCACAGAGACUGGCUCUGUAACUAAGGAGAUUCCUACUGCUGUGAACGGGGUUCCUACUUCAGAGCCUGUCGAAGAGGUCACCUCAGCCGCUCCUGAAGUCCCUACUACCGAGAUUGCCCAAAAACCAGAGAACACCGGCUCAGAGAGUCUCUCUUCGACUCUUGAUCUCGGCACACUUCAGCCAACUGAUGGAGAGAAGACCAAGCCUAAUGCUGUUGAAGAGACCACUGCCCCUGAACUUCCCUCAUCUCCCGCUACUGUCCCUGGUCAAGAGCAGCCUGUAACCACAGCUAUUCAGGAUGAGACCACCAGUGUCGCCAAUGAGCCAACUUCCAGUGUUCCUCUCACCACACAGGCUCCUGUUGAUACAUCGUUUCCCAUCAACCCAAAGCAUCCUUCCAACAUCUAUCCCAACCCUCGCACUACUACAAGUGCAGGAGAUGCCCAAGGAACUUCUGCUGUAGAAACAGAGCCUACUGCUGCUACAACUGAGACUGUAUCUGUAGUCGAACCGAAGGAUCCUCAGGCUGAGACCACCUCUGAUGCUCAACCUCCGCCUGCACCUAUUGUACCAACUUCAAAGACUGGUCAACAUGAGAACCCGGUCCCAGUUUCUGAGCCAGCUCAACCUAGCAACCCCGCUCUGACCUCUGAAGUUAAGCAGUCGUAUGCUCCCGUUGAGACUCCCAGCGCCCAGCAGCCUGAUACGCCAGCUGCGACUACGGCACCAGCCCAGCCUCCUGCGCCUACGCCUGCUCAGCCUCAGAACCCCGUUCCAACUUCAGACCCUGUUCAGCCUGGCAACCCAGCUACAUCUGUAGUUCAGCAACCUGCAGCCCCCGUCAACACUUCUGCAGUACAGCAGCCAGUUCCUGUUCCCACAACUGCUCAACCUAACUAUCCGGCCCCAGUCCCUGACCAAAACACUCAGCCCGCAGCUCCUCCUGCACAGCCAACAAACACUGUCGUUGUCUCCGAUCCAUCUCUACCCGAGACUACAUCUGUACCUCAGGCUAUCCCCUCAGGAACAUCAGCAAACGGUGUCCCAACCAUCAAGACAGGUGCUCCCACUGGCACCAGUGCCAUCCCCGCGGCUGCCUACGCUAGUAACGUCGUCGACGCGCGAACAUACAACGAGGAGUUCGCUAAGCUUACCCCUGAGUCUUCGUGUAUGAAGGGCCAGGCCGCCUGUAUCAAUGGAGAGACCGCUGUAUGCGAUGACAGUGGCGCUUUCAAGCUUACACCCUGCACAGCCGAGGGUGAGAAGUGUUUUGCUCUGCCUUUAUACAACUUCGAAGGUGGCAUCAAGAUUGUUUGUGAGGACCCUGCUACCGCGGCUAAGAUCCUGGGUGGAAGCCCCAACAGCGGUGAAGGCAAUACUGUUCCUGGAAACGCCGACAAGGACAAGCAGCCAGUGACCACAUCCGCUGUUGAGAAGCAGCCAGAGGCUCCUGUGGUCACAGUUACAACCAUCGUUACUGUCGAUGAUGGUGCAGCCCUUGAUUCUACAAGCCAGCCUGCCCAGGAACAACCAGUGCAGCCAACAGAGCCAGCUGGACAACCUAGCCAGCCUGCUGUUGAGCAACCUUCUCAACCUGCAUACCAACAACCCUCGCAGCCUCAACCUGUACCAGAGCCUACCCAGUCUGCUCCUGAACAGACUUCCCAACCGGCCACUGAGCAGCCAAGUCAACCUCAACCUGUACCUGAACAGUCUUCUCAGCCAACCCCUGAGCAACCCAGCCAGCCAGCUCCUGAGCAACCUUCCCAUCCAAAAGAAGAGAAGCCCACUGAGACACACUCCAAGCCUACAAAGGCCUACGAGGAUCUACCACCCACUCCCCCCCCUGCCGCCGAGCAGACCACUUCCGUUGCUCUCCCCGGCGGCACAACCUUGACCAAGUCCAUCAAGAAGCCUGAUGAGGCCAAACCCACUGCAUCCCCAGAAGAUGGUGGUGAUGACAACAAGGACAAGGAUGGCAAUGACAAACCUACAUCUGUAGAACUCAUCCCCAUCCCAGACAAACCCACCAAUGCCCCGGCUCCCGCAGCCACAGAAGCAAAGGUUGAAAGCGGCGACGACUUGAAGCCCGUAGCAAGCACUCGUACUGGUGACGAUGCCCACGCUACAACCAUCGUCGUUGACGGUACCCCCACAGUUUCCGUCUACUUCACCGUGACAGUCACAGACAAGGACCAAGCCACUGUCACUGUGACCGAGAAGGAGAAGGAGAAGGAGACCGUGACACUGGUGAUUAGCGCUUGA